UCUAGUUCGACGCGUGAAAACAAUACCGCGUUUUCCUCCACCACAGCCGCCACAUCUCCCCAAACAUCAACAUGAGAUAGAGACGCCCAACUUGACCAAUUCGAUGUUUAAUUUGCUUGUCCCAUCUGCUGCUUCUUUCUGCGAUGUAUUUACCUCGGAAUCUUAUUUCCCAGCUUUACUUUGAUCUCCUCCGAUCCCACCAUCCUCUCUCCCCACCCGUACUGAUACUUGCCGCCCUGGAGCCAGAUGCGCUGUGUGCAUGUCGAAUCUUGACGACAUUACUCAAACGAGAUUAUAUUCCUCACAAAAUACAGCCAAUUAAUGGAUAUGGCGAUUUAUCCCGCGCUGGAGAAGAGCUGGUUCGUCCCAUGCGAACCACGCAGGGCGGGAGCGGGGGAGUGGUCGUCUGCAUGGGCGUGGGCGGCCUGGUAGAUUUAAGUGAUGUAUUAGGUCUCGAUGUGGACGAGACAGGGAGCAUGGGUGGUGUUGAAGUUUGGGUCAUUGAUGCUAGAAGACCAUGGAAUCUGGGGAAUGUCUUUGGAGGAUACCCCGGACACGCUGGACUGGAAGAACAAGAUUUACAUCAGAGACGCAGUGUUGGGUUGAAUAAAGGAUGUAUAACGCCAUCUUAUAAGUCACAUGAAGGAAUAAUUGUUUUUGACGAUGGCGACAUCGAGGAGGAAUUAGCGGCUGAAAGGGAGGCUUACUGCGCGCUCCUAGAAAUGCCCGAGUUGGACGAGGAUGAUGUGGACAGCAACGAUUCUGACAGUCCUACGGACACAGAUGAAGAUUCUGGAGUUCAUACGAAGAAAAGAAAGUCAUGGCCCGGUCGUGAUGACGAUGAUGACCACUCCGAUGACGAAGGGCCACCGCGACAAAGGCGCAGGAGCAACACUGGAUCCUUUAUAACAUCGCCAACCCGUUAUGAACGUCAACCGCGAGAUUCCUCCCAGUCAUCUCGCUCCCCGUCUCCUUCCUCAGGCUCCGAAUCUCCAGCCGCGCCGAAACAGCCCUCGGCGCGUGCUCUACGGCGUCGGUUAGUGCGACUAAAACGAAAACACGAAGGUGUAUUGCGAGCGUACUACUCGCUGGGCACAUCAUAUUCUGAGCCAAUAUCGUCUCUAUUAUACUCGCUUGCAUCAGAACUUGGCCGGGAAGAUAAUGACCUUCUGUGGCUGGCAAUUGUUGGUGUAUCCAGCUUAGAGCUAUCAGGACGAACCAUGACGGGUGUCGGGAUAUCUAAUGCGUCAGAGUCUGGAGGCUCAGCUGGCUGGGGAGGUGAGCGAGGUGAGCGCAUUAGGCAGGUGCUUCGAGACGAAGUUCGUCGCUUAAACCCGCCCGAACUCUCCGAGACUGGCCGUGAAGCUCAAAGGAGCGAAGUCAGCGGUGUUAUACCCACCACUGGCCGCUCACCCAACGAUACUUCGAUUCUGCUUUCUCCAGAACCACGAUUCCUCCUCGUCCGCCACUGGUCUUUGUACGAAAGCAUGCUCCAUAGCCCGUACCUGGCUGCCAGACUUCAUCUUUGGAGCGAAAAUGGGCGUAAGCGUCUACACAAACUUCUCGCCAAAAUGGGCGUGAGUCUUAGCCAAUGUCAGCAGAAUUAUACUCACAUGGACAUGGAACUCAAGCGUGGAUUGCGGCAGAAACUACUCAAGUAUGCUCCAAUGUACGGACUGGAGGGCCUGGUGCCGCAGGCAUCCUCGGGAGCUCAAUUUGGGACUUAUGCUGGCUGGGGAUUUGUACGCAGUUGGGGUUGGAAGGCAUGUCUGUCUGCCACCGACGUUGGCGUGAUCCUUGGCGCUAUUCUUGAAGUCGGCAAAAUAGAUCCCACUUCAUCAGAUAGCGAUCGGCACCGUUUUCAAAAGACCGUCCGGGAAAAAGACGACAGUGCGACCAGUGACGUUUCCGAUCCGAGUUCGGACUCUUCCCAGAUACUUGCCCGUUUCUGGAGUGCCUAUGACGCAAUUUCGCUAACCUCAUCCGAAUCCCCAACAAAUCUCCUCAGCUCGCUACCCCUUGCACAACAUCUGCACCGUGCGAUCUUACGCACGGGCACCUCACUACUAUCCAAACACCAAAUCCGGCAUUUACGGGCAUUUAGAAUUGCGGUGGUCAAGGAUGGGCCAGAUGUAAAACUUUUCACCAACCCCGGCGCAUUAACUAAACUCGCGCUAUGGGUUGGAGAAGCUGUUCGUGUUCAAGAACAAGAAAAGGGAGACGGAAUGAAAGUCGGCGGCAAACGGGCAGUCGGGACCCCACUUGUCCUGGCUGGCUUGGACGAAGAUAGGAACGUCUAUGUAGUCGUUGGAACCGGUGGUGGGGGAGGGGUGGUGGAUUUUGCCGCUCUCGCACAGCGACGCGAUGAGAGGCGGAAAAAGAAGGAAGCACAGGAGAAAAGGAGAGCGGAAAGGGACGAGAGGCGGGCUAAACGGGCGGCUGAGAGGGCGGAGCGUGGAGAGGAUGAGGAUGAUGGGACAGAAGAAGAGGAAGAAGAGGAUGAUGAUUCUUCGUCUGGUUCUGAUUCGGAGUCGGAUGAUGAUUUUGAUGAGCGGAGUAGCAUUCACAGCCGAAGCAUUGCGCGCAACCGCUUUGGAAUUGCGUUCCAAGAGGUUGUUCACGAGACGAAUGCCCGGGUGAGAAUUGACAGCUUCGAGCAUUGUGUUGUGGAAGUGGAGAAGGAAGAUCUGGGCGGAUUCCUUGAGGCGCUAAGUUUCAGGAGCGUUGUUGGGUAAUAUGAGUGGCUGGUCAUUGCAUGAUGCCGGACAUUGCAAUGCUUGCCAAUCCUACAACAGACCUCUCAUAGCGUCGUUAUGGGGUCCGACUACAUCUGUUGAACAUUCCAUCUUUGAUGUACAGUUUGCGAGCUCUUAUCAUCGGGGCGUUGCCCUCCGCUUUUCUUCUAUUUCCCAUCCCAUCGGCCACUUUCCUCACCGUUUACCUCCUCGGCAUUUACGAUAUAUCUCAACCAUUUCCCCAGUUACCCCUCGUCUGUUAUUCGCAAUAUAUCCCCCCCCAUCCUUUCCCGACCUGAUUCUCCCAUUUCUCUCUACUGGCAAACUACUUGCCUCCCCUUAUCACGACAUUUCCACGUAUUUCAUGCUUUUGGAGCCCCCUUUUCGCGUUCUUUACAAUUAGGUUAUUUUUUGGAGUAUGGCCCGCGCUUUCCUUUCAUCCAUUUCGCCCUCCUUUUUUGUCGUCGUGAAGCAUAAAGACCUUGUAUAUAGCGUUGUGCGGGUAUGGAGGGUUAUUGCUGGAUGGCGUUUCCUAUAAUGACUAUUUUGUUGCUAUUUGUUCCUUUGCUUUUUUUCACAUUUUUUCCUCAUCCUCUCCCUACCCUACCCCACCCCUAGUCUAGUUACAAAGAUGGAGUAGAAUGUUUCAUAUGAAGGAAAGUAAUACAUGUGAAUACUGGUUGAUUUUUCCCUCUUUUUUUCAUGUACUUCAUCUUUCUUCUGGUUUUUUU